AUGUUGGCCAUGCACCAUAUGACACCGGUGGAAGUUACCCAAAUCUCCAACCUGCACACGUUAAUCCUCGAAAUCAACAGUGAAGUGGCGCUAUUUCGCGAUCUACUCAUCCACGUCGGCCAAUCGAGGGACUGCCCGGAGCUGCGCGAGAAAAUACGAAAACUUCGCCGAUCUUGUGUCGAAGCCUGCAAACACACCGCCGCCCUGAUACUGCCCCAGAUACGAACCGCCAUCGCAGAGGGCAUCCUUACCGAUAACCCACACCUGGUGCUGCUGUUCUACCUUGCUCAACUAUUUCUAAGAGAAUUAAUCAAAAGCCACCGACUGGUACAGGUAAUACCGAUGGACAUGUCCGGCUAUUACGAAAACCGUGCCGGCCCGUCAAAUCUGGGCAAUGUGAUAAGUCAGAUACUGCUCUGCAAGCAAAUUACACCCGACUUCAAUCAGGAGGAGCUGUGCAGCAUUACCAAGGAUUCGCAGGAGAUCGCCCGAAUACUGCAGGAGCUGCAAGAGUUUAUGCCACAGCAGGAAAGCUACCUGGAACGAACGAUCGCCCUCACGACCGAAAUCAACGGACCCUGGCCAGCGAAACGUCGGCGUGGAUCAUUAUACAAAAACAUGGGUCUCCUGUGCUGCGUGUCACGGCCCAACUACCUAUGA